AAAUAUCAAACGGAAACAUCAAGGAAUUCGUCAAUGGAGGUCAAUAAUAUUUCUUGUACGGAACUAUGGUCAUUUUCUAUAUAUGCCGUUCAGAAAAACCCAAAACCCAAAAACCAUUUCUCCCCUAUCUUCUGCUAGAAUUGGGGGAAUCGGCUUUGAAUAAUGGAGAAGCAAGCUAAUUCUUGCUUACCCUUUUCGUUUCUGGUUCUUGUGCUGAUACUUUUUUGUGUUGAAGUGGACUGUAAUUUUGUGAACUAUGACACUGGAGGUGGUGUUGUGGAUGGCAAGCUGAAUGUUCAUUUGGUUGCUCAUUCGCACGACGACGUUGGUUGGUUGAAGACGGUUGAUCAAUACUAUGUUGGUUUGAACAACAGUAUUCAGGGAGCAUGUGUGCAGAAUGUGCUCGAUUCAGUUGUUGAUUCUUUGCUUCAUGAUUCGAACAGGAAGUUUGUAUUUGCUGAAAUGGCAUUUUUCCAGCGAUGGUGGUCACAACAAAAUCCCACAGUACAAAGAAGAGUGAGAGAACUCGUUGAAGAUGGGCAGUUGGAAUUCAUAAAUGGAGGUUGGUGCAUGCAUGAUGAAGCGACUAGCCAUUACAUAGACAUGAUUGACCAAACCACACUUGGGCACAGUGUGAUAAAGGAAGAGUUCAACAAAGUUCCUCGUGCUGGAUGGCAAAUUGACCCCUUUGGCCACUCUGCUGUGCAAGCUUACUUACUUAGUGCUGAGGUUGGUUUCGAAUCUGUACAUUUUGCAAGGAUUGAUUAUCAGGAUAGAGAAAAGCGCAAGGUGGAUAAAUCUCUAGAAGUUGUCUGGCGUGGCUCCAAAACAUUUGGUUCUUCAUCUCAGAUUUUUACGAAUGCCUUCCCUGUACAUUACAGUCCUCCUCCUGGGUUUCACUUUGAAGUGGACGAUGACUCCAAUCUUAUUCAGGAUGAUCCUUCACUUUAUGACUACAAUGUUGAACAGCGGGUUAAUGAUUUUAUAGAAGCUGCCCUGACCCAAGCAAAUAUCACCAGGACUAAUCAUAUUAUGUGGACAAUGGGUGAUGAUUUCCAGUACCAAUAUGCUGAGUCCUGGUUCAGACAAAUGGAUAGGUUUAUUCACUAUAUUAAAAAGGACGGUCGGAUUAAUGCUCUGUAUUCAACACCAUCCAUAUAUACCGAUGCAAAACAUGCAGCAAAUGAAUCAUGGCCAUUGAAAACCGAUGAUUUUUUCCCAUAUGCUGAUCGUGAUCAUGCAUACUGGACUGGCUUCUUUACCAGUCGCCCAGCCUUUAAAGGAUAUAUCAGGACGCUUAGUGGAUAUUACUUGGCAGCACGACAGCUUGAAUUCCUUGUUGGAAGGAAAUCUGGUGGCCCCAAUACUUUUAGUCUCGGUGAUGCUUUGGGGAUUGCUCAGCACCAUGAUGCAGUGACUGGUACUGCUAAGCAACAUACUACAAAUGACUAUAUGAAACGGCUUGCUGCUGGAUCAUCUGAGGCCGAAGCAGUAGUCAAUUCUGCCCUUAUUUGCCUGGGACAAAGACAAUUGGGUGAUCAUUGUGAACAACCAAAAAUACUAAGCCAGUGUCCGUUACUCAAUAUCAGUUUCUGCCCACCAACUGAGCAAGAUAUUCAAGAAGGGAAUAGUUUGGUCAUGGUGGUGUACAACCCUCUUGGAUGGAUCCGUAACGAUUUUGUUAGAAUACCGGUUCAUGAUGCCGAUCUUGUUGUCCAAGAUAUCUCAGGAAAAACUAUUGAAACACAAUUUGUCGCCAUUGAUAAAGUCACAAAUAGCGUAAGUGAGUUCUAUGUGAAGGCCAACUUGGGACUGCCGAGGGGACAGUUUCCCAAGUACUGGCUUCUGUUUCAAGUAUCAGUUCCUCAACUUGGAUGGAACACAUACUUUAUUUCUAAAGGAAGCGGUGGAGGCAAGAGAAGAUCCGAAUUCUUUCCCAUGGACAGUCAGAACGAUACCAUUGAAGUUGGACCUGGCCAUUUGAAGAUGUCCUUCUCUAUUGCAUCUGGUCAACUCAAACGCAUGUACAAUUCAAAAACCGGGGUUGAUUUACCAAUACAACAAAGCUAUCUUUGGUAUACUUCAUCUACAGGUUUCUAUAGUGAUCAACAGAAUUCUGGUGCAUAUAUUUUUGUGCCGCAAGGGGAACCAAAUAUUGUUUCCAGAUCUUUUCCUGUGGAAAUCAUUCGUGGACCGCUGGUUGACGAGGUCCGCCAACAGUUCAGUCCAUGGGUCUACCAGGUUGUUAGACUUUACAAAGACAAAGAUCACGCUGAAUUUGAAUUCACUGUUGGUCCAAUUCCAGUGGAUGAUAGUGUGGGAAAGGAGGUCAUCACAAGACUGACAACGAAUAUGGUUACGAAUAAGACGUUCUACACUGAUUCGAAUGGAAGAGACUUUUUAAAGAGGGUUCGAGACUAUAGACAAGACUGGAAUCUUUCUGUCAAUGAACCACAGGCAGGAAACUAUUAUCCGCUCAACCUUGGGAUUUACACUACAGAUAAAAAAACUGAAUUAUCUGUUUUGGUCGAUCGUGCCACCGGAGCAGCCAGCAUUAAAGAUGGACAGCUGGAGUUAAUGCUUCAUAGGCGCACACUCUUUGACGACAGCAGAGGAGUGGGUGAACCUCUUGAUGAACUUGUAUGCGCCAACGACCAAUGUCAAGGAUUAACGGUGAGAGGAAAUUACUAUGUGAACAUCAACCAACUGGGCUCUGGAGCUCGUUGGCGCCGAAAAACAGGCCAAGAAAUUUACUCUCCGCUACUCUUGGCUUUUGCACAUGAUAAAAGGGAGAGCUGGAUUGCAUCUAAGGUGACCAAAUCAACACCAAUGGAUCCAGUUUACAGCUUGCCUCUCAAUGUUGCCUUGAUUACUCUUCAGGAGUUGAAUGAUGGAAGUGUAUUACUCCGGUUGGCUCAUCUAUACGAGGCUGAAGAAGAUCCUGAAUAUUCAAAACUGGCUAAAGUGGAACUGAAGAGAAUGUUCCUCAAGAAAAGUAUAAAAGAGGUGAAGGAGAUGAGUUUAUCAGCAAAUCAGUUGAAAUCAGAGAUGAAAAAGAAGGUAUGGAAAGUUGAGGGAGAUGGCAAAACAGAAGCAACCCCAGUUAGAGGUGGCCCUAUUGACCAAUCAGCUCUUGUUGUCGAGUUGGGCCCAAUGGAGAUUCGUACUUUCCUAUUGAAAUUUUGAAUAAAAAUUACAUCUCUCUGUAUGUAAUUUACACAAAUUAUCAGAAGCAAUAAAGUCGAGAAUUUGAGAUAAUUGCCUACCUCAAAUUCUCUUCUGUUGUAGUAUUAUCAUAUACUCCCUUUAUAAAUAAGCUCUUUUUGUUGAAUAAUGUCCAUAGACAUUGAAUACUAAUAAUAGUGUAUGGGUAACCUUUUGUAAAUUCAAGAAUGUAAUUACAAUUCUUUUUAUAGUUUAAAUAUGUUUUGGAAAUAUUUCAGGACGUGCUUAAUAAAUUUGCCUUGUUUGA